UCAUGUUUUCAGCGUGACACCAACUCACUUCAUCUUAUUUUUAUUUUCUCAUAUAUAACCAUGCGUACCCACAUCUUCUUUUCAUUGCCGUUUCUGCUCCUUUUAUGUUCCCGAGCUGGUGCUCUUUUUGGUCUUGGUUUGCUUCGCUGCCAGUUUACUUCCUUGGAUGAUUCUGUUUAUGUGGAGCAGUACUACUUCAAUAAGAAGCUUCUGUUACAAUACAACAGCACUUUGCGAAAAUUUACCGGCUACACAGAGAAAGCAAGAGAUGUUGCAGAUGGCCUCAACAAAAGCCCUGCAAUAAUGGAAUCAGAAAAAAAGAAUGAAGAGAAAUGCAAAUCCCAUCUCCCAUUGGUUUUUGAUGUCCUUUUUAAAACAGUGGAGCCCACCGUCAGGCUGAGGUCAGUUGAUAUAGCAGGCAGCAAACAUCCGGGCAUGCUGGUCUGCAGUGGGUACGGCUUUUAUCCCAAACAAAUCAGAUUGACUUGGCAGAGGAACGGAAAGAAUGUGACAUCUGAUGUGACGUCCACUGAAGAACUGCCCAAUGGGAGUUGGCUCUACCAGAUACACUCAUAUCUGGAAUUUACACCAAGACCUGGAGACAAAAUCACAUGCAUGGUGGAGCAUGCCAGCCUUACGCAGCCCAAACUUUAUGAGUGGGACCCAGCACUUGAGUCACAGCGGAACAAAAUUGCUGUCGGGACAGCAGGGCUGCUUCUGGGGCUGGUGUUUUUAAUAACUGGGCUUAUUUACUACAAGAAAAACAAUGAUGGCCGAGUAUUGGUGCCAACAAGUUAAGGCAGCCUGCCACUUUGGCUAAAAACACAUCUAAUACAAGCCAAAAUGCAAAAUGAUCUGACUGUGGAAAUCUCACCCAAAUGGCAGAGGAUCAAAUAAUUAAGAAGGUGUGGAGUCACGCAGUUCUGCAUGGGCAAAAUAACUGCAUUUAAGAAGGUUAAUAUGCUGUGUACGGUUUAUGCAGGAAUACUUUUUGCUACGUGGGUAAAUCUCUUAAAAGUAAGCUUUCACAGAAAUUUGAGGAAAUAGUAUAUAAAGAAUAGAAAAUAUCUUGUCAAAAUCAAAAUCUUCUUUUCAACUGUUCACUUUACUAUAAUUGAGGAGAGCAUAUCUUCCAUAAAAUGUUUAAUAAUAUCUUGUCAUAUUUGGAUGUUCAGAUAAUCAAAGCGGGAACAGCUGUUUAAUUUUAAAUUAUGUUGAUUACUCUGGCUAAUACAAAUGUAUGGUGUCAGAAGGUGGGCGCUAAUCCCAUGAUAUGAUAUACCAGAUAUAUAACAUAUACUUCUGACCAGUGUCAACCUGUUAAUAUUCAUCAACUCAAGUACAAAGAUAAGCCUGGUUCCAUAUUCUGCUUAAGUCCAACUCAUUUUUUUUUGUCUGCUACAUCAUGCAUAUCUACUCUGUAAAUGACUUGUCUUUUGUUUUCCUUUGAGAAAAAAAUUGGAAUCUGAAAACAUAAUACAGGUAAUUAGCUACAAUUGUACAUGAAAAUGUCAUUUUGGUCAGUUUGUUUGUUCUGGGGCUCAGCCUGCCAGCUGCUAUCAAAUAAACAUAAGCUUCUUUCCGAUCGCCUUGUAGUUCCCUUUGAAGUGGACUGCACAGGGUAUACAGCCAUGUAAAGUAAGAUUCCAAAACGCAGGGAGCGAAAAUACUCAGUACAAAAGGAACUGUGUUCUGUUUAGGAAAUAACUGAACAGCACUUCACUUUGCCUCAAGUUGACAAGCAAGAUUACCCAUCAAUGAUUGCGCCUCACUGGAGCGCCAGCAUAGGGCUAUCUAGUCAAACCCUAUUGGUCACACAUCUGUGCUAAUUCAAUAUUACAACAAACGCUAGUGUUAGUUGUCAGUGCUAAAAGAACAUCCACAGUAGCAGCAACAACUAUCCGUGGUGUAUCAGUUACUAGCGUAAUUUAAGGAGGAAGUGCAGGUUGUUCAAAAUGGACUAAUUUUGUCUGUGAAGUUCCCUUAAUCAACAUUCUCUAGAGAAGAAGCAGGCAGUAGGGAGUACUGUUUAUGCUCUGUGGAAAUAAACGCAGUAAAAGGUUGUUAAAAAAAGCCAAACUAAAGUGUUUUGUACAGGAUGUAAUGAA